UCCUCUCUCCGUGUCUCCCUUACCCAUCCCGAAAGAGCUUCUUGGUUGUUCUUAUUUUCGAGAUCCAUCUCUGUUCUUGUUCUUGGGGUUUUCUUGGUUCCCAAACAAUGGAGCUCUCUCCACCGUCCCUGAGGAGCAGCCGAGAAUCCAUCGGCAGCUCAUCAUUGGAGCUGCAGCCCUUCAUCGAUCUGGACGACCGCAGAAGCCUCCAAGUCCAAGAUGAGAUCUCUGCUCUCGAGCAGCAGCAGCAGCUCCUCUACGAUUGCGAGAAUGAGCGGAUCCGACUCCAAGAUGAAGUCCGUGGCCUCUUGGAGUUCGUGGACAACUCAGGCAUGCGCUUGCAAGAACUCGAGGAUGGCAGGAACUUGAACGCCGCGUUGCUGAGGAUGUGCCUCUGGAAAAAUGCGGAGAAGGAAAGGCAACGUGUCCCACCACUAAAGAACGAAGCGAAGACUUUAACGGAAGACCUUGGGCGUUAUGAGGCAGUAGAAAGACAUCAAAAGGAAGAGAUGGCAAGAUUGUCUGCGCUGCUUGAAUCCCUGCAAAGAGAGGACACAAGCGUAAGCAUCAAGCUGCAAAAUGCCAAUCAGGAGGCCGAAGCACUAAGCAAAGAGAUUGAGAACCUGGAGAUGCAGCUAUCUGAAGAAAGUGACUGCUUCCUACCUAGUAAAAAGAGAAACGUAUCUCCAGCUUCUGAGAGUAUGCAGGGGAUGUGAAUAACUGAAAGGAAUCCAACACAGAGAGCACUUUAUGGCCGUGCAGUGUAGAGCCGCUUUUACCUCUCUAACAGUAUCAUGGUUUUGUACUGAGAAGUGUGACUGCUUCUUUGAGUAAUGCCUUCUGUGCCAUGUGGAGCUCUCCAACAGAUACUUGAAUAGUGCUAGUGCUUCAUAUAUUGUUUUCUAUAUUCAUCAUCAUUUCUACUUCUUGAUGUACUAAGCAUUGGGAAGAACUCGACGUUCAAACUUCUGUCUCUGUUUUGAGUAUUUGUUCUUUUAGUGAUAAAUGAAAAUGAAUACCGAGUGGUACGUUAAUGUCAAUGUCCGAUCAUUGG